CAGAACCACUGCCACUCUGUCGAGAAUAUAUGCGUGAGGGUCGUGAGUUCUGAGACCCCCACCUUCGCUCUUGCCAUGGCUUCCCCUCCCCAGCCCGCGGUCAAUGCUUCCGAAGAGCCCAAAGUCGCAGUUGACCAGAAAAAAUUGGAUCGCGCCCUGGCAAACGGCGAGACGCUGUUAUCCAUCGUAGAGGCGCUCACGGAGGGUGUCGUCCUCUGCGACCCUCUGAAAGGGUCUGUUAAGGUUGCAAGGGAGAUUCUCAAAAUGGUACAGAAAGUGCGCAAAAAUCGAGAGGAUUGCGAAGAGUUGGCCAGCCGUGUCUUCAAGCUCACCGGCACCAUGCUCAGGAUUCUCGACGGGAAACGGAACGAGGACGUGCCUCCGGAGCUCAAGAGGUGUCUAGACCUGUCGUCGUCAGCCAUAUCGGUUUGACGUUGCACUCCGCUUUUGGAGACGUGAACUCCCGAUUGGACCGUUUUUACUCUAAGGCGAUGGAAACCAGCUCGGGCGUGAACAAAAUCCAGGCCAACCUGACGGAUGUGUACUCGGUGGUGAUUGAAAUCCACUCUUUAAUACGAGCACGGUUCCCUGAUCCAACGGAGGGCAUUCCGCGUGGAGUGCAGGCCAACACAUCUGAGGCCGCAAGCCUUCAAUACGUCCCUGCCCCUCCUCGCCUGUACGGACGAGAUAUCGUCGUGAGGGCUGCAGCCGGCAAAAUAUGCGACGCUCAACAACGGCACAUAGCCCUCUUGGGUACCGGAGGGAUCGGCAAGACCUCGGUCGCGCUUGGCGUCGUCGAUGAUUUAGGUGUCAAAGGCCAGAAUGACUGCUACUUCGUCCGCUGCGACACGGUGAUAUCUGACCUAACCCUGGUCGCAAGUAUCCUCCAGGCCAUGGAAAAGAACUCGUCGGAUAACGGCGAUCCCAUGAAAAAUCUUAAGACGUGUCUGGAGGCGGCGAGCCGUCCCAUUGUACUCGUGCUGGAUAACUUCGAGAGCCCCUGGUCACUGGAUACACCCAAUAUCCAGCCGAGACUCACGGAAGUCCUCCGAACAUUGGCUGCCAUCCCUAAACUUCAAUUGAUCGUGACCAUGCGAGGCAAUGCCCCACCUGCUGACGGAGACGUCCCGUGGUCAGUCAUGCACCUCGACCCUUUGGGGCAUAUUCCAGCGCGCGAGCUCUUCCUGUCCAUAAAACCCGAUACAUCGCCGUCCGAGUUCAAGGAUCUCGACCUGCUGCUCCAGAAAUGCGACGGCCUACCCCUCGCCAUCAAACUCCUGGCUCUACUCAAAUCAUCCUCGACCUGCGGCCGCCUGCUGAAGCAAUGGGAAAAACAAAAGACCUCGCUAUUGAAGACGAAUCACCCCUCUGAAUCCCGCGAAACCAGCAUGCGUGUCUCUAUAUCAAUGUCGCUGCAGUCCGCACCAAUGCGCCGCCAUCCGGAUGCGAUCCCGUUGCUUGCCGUCAUCUGUCGCUUACCCGACGGUAUCCUUGGGGGAGUCGAGCAGCUUGAGGAGAUGGAUCUGGGUUUCGAUGAUGUUGACGAAGCUUUGGCCACCGUCCUCGGAUCUGGUCUUGCCUUCAAGGCUGAAAAC